AAAAGCCCGUUGAGCGCCAUUUAGAAUUGUGCCAAAAUGGCGGCGGUCGAGUCAGACGGAGUUUCAGCUCCUUUACCUGGACGGUGCGCCUUUUACGUGGCGAAAAAGAAACGUUACUGCAAAAUGGUGGUUGGUAACGGAAAAAAGUUUUGCGGUGAACAUGCAGAUUCAGAUAGUGAGAGAAAACGGAUCCCCUGCCCUCUGGACCCAAAGCACACUGUGUUUGAAGACAGUUUGGCCAAACACCUGAAAAAGUGUAAUUCGAAGGAAAAGCCCAAACCUGUCUACUAUGUGAAAGACAUCAAUGCUGGGUCUGUAACUGAAGAGGAAAACACCAUAGAUGAGGUGUCCAUUGCUGAGCGAUCUAAAGAGGAACUGAAUAGUCUUAUUCAGAAAUUGAAGACCGCGCUGAACGGAUUAAACACAGAACCUGACACUAGCCUUCUCUCACAUCCGGCUUUAAACGAUGCUCUUAAUGAUCCCAAGAAUGGGAACUUUGCUUAUAAACACCUCAAGCAGCAGGCCUCGAUCCUGGGGAAUAUGGAGGAUCUGGAGCUGCUUGGGCCAGAGAGGUGUUAUGUGGAGUUUGGUGCUGGAAAAGGUAAACUCUCCCACUGGAUUCACGUUGCCCUUCAGGAAGCAGAGAACGUCCACUUCCUGUUAGUAGAGAGGUCCAGUACUCGUUUUAAGGUAGAUGGCAAACAUAAAAACACAGACUCGACAUUCGACAGGCUGCAGGUUGACAUCCAGCACCUCGACUUAAGCAGAGUGCCAUUUUUACAAGAAAAGCAACUUCCUGUAAUCGCAGUGGGCAAACACCUGUGUGGUGCAGCAACAGAUUUGGCUCUGCGAUGUUUAUUUGAGCGCAGUGCAAAAGACAAAGACUGUGAGCCUCCCACUAAACGUAUAAAACUGCAAGAAAAAGGUGGUGAGGAACAGACUCGUAGUAUUGAAAGCAGCGAGGAGGUUGUGGUGUUGGGGCUCACAGUUGCACUCUGCUGCCAUCAUCGCUGUGAGUGGAGGCAUUAUGUAGGAAAGGACUUUUUCCGAGAGCGAGGUCUUGGAGAAACAGAGUUUUCAGCUUUCCAGCGCAUGUCCAGUUGGGCUACAUGUGGCAUGAGCAGAGUCAAAUCAUCCUUAAAUCCUGAGAAAUCCACACAAGAGAAUGUCGAAGACGGAGAAGAGGGUGAACAUGAAGAGAGUUCUGAAAACAUGCCUGAUCAUCUCAACAAUGAUAUUUCAGCAGAGGAGCGUGAGCACGUCGGACGCCUGUGCAAGAUGCUGAUCAACCACGGCAGAUUGCAUUACCUCCAGCAGCGAGGCUUCAAACCCAGCCUCAGAUACUACACCAGCCGAGACGUGUCUUUAGAGAACGUGCUACUGACUGCGCUUCCCAGCUGAACGCACAGACUCCUCGUACGGAGAUGCAGCAAAGAAUAGUGAUGAGCUCAUUUUUAGUUUUCUCUUUUUAGGUCACUUGAGCUUUUGGACACAGUGUCAGCGCCAGAGAACAAAACGGCACUCACUAGUCCUAGACUAGUAACACCUUUACAGGACAGAUGGGACAGGACAGGACAGAUUCACCAGGACAGGAGGCAACAGCACCAGUAGCAGCCAGCAUGCAGGACUGAGUCAUGCCACUUCCUCUGUCAUACUGUCCAGCAUCACAUUUAGGACUGAUGUAUAAUUCUGGGAUUCUGAAACACAUUUUUGAUGGACAGCAGGUUAUUCAUGGUCUGUGUAGGUUUCUUUUUUUAAUUCCUUUAUUUUUAAAAAAAUCUAUCCUAGCAUUUGUGAGCACGGUGUACAUUAAGUAUGGCGUAACCUCUUUUGCGGGCUUCAUGGAUGUAAUGGUGCAUGAAUUCUCGGCCGAACAUCUCUCUAUCGUUCUCCUCUUCUGCCACGUCCUCUUUUAUGUCGGGAAGAGUCACAUCGUACGUCAGAGGGUUGUCUCUGAAAUUUACAAACCUGCCAAAACAGUCUAUCAAUCAAUAAAACAGGAAUUGGACCGUCUUUGUCCAGAAAGUGAAAGUAACUAUACUAUCAGAAAUAAAUGCUCGUCGUUCA